UGGGCGCCGAGGCCGGCUUGCAGCGGCUUCUCCACGCGCUGCGCGAGCUCCCCAGGCCCGAAGGGCUGCAGCGGGUGCUGCUGAUCAACAACGCAGGCACUCUUGGGGAUGUGUCCAAAGGCUUCGUUAACCUGGCUGAUGCAGCAGAAGUGAACAGCUACUGGGCUCUGAACUUGACCUCUAUGCUCUGCCUGACUUCCGCCUUCCUGAAGGCUUUCCCAGACAGUCCUGGCCUCAGCAGGACUGUGGUUAACAUCUCGUCCCUGUGUGCUCUGCAGCCCUUCAAGGGCUGGACACUGUACUGUGCGGGGAAGGCUGCCCGUGACAUGAUGUUCAAGGUCCUGGCCGCAGAGGACCCUAGUGUGAGGGUUCUGAGCUAUGCCCCAGGGCCCCUGGACACAGACAUGCAGCAGUUGGCCCGGGAGACCUCUAUGGACCUAGACUUGCGAAAAAGGCUGCAGGAGCUGAAGACCAAGGGGGAGCUGGUGGAUUGUAGGACGUCAGCCCAGAAACUGCUAAGCUUGCUGCAAAAGGAUAUGUUCAAGUCUGGAGCCCAUGUUGACUUCUAUGAUAAAUAAGCCCAUAUCCUUGGCUUCCUGGGGCUCUCUUCCCCCUCUUUCAGGCACACCCAGAAGCCCUGUGCCUCCUCACGUCCUGCCACAGUGGCACCACCAACCCUGCUUUACACAGAUAAGCACUCAUGCCUACUGUCCUGCUCUCAGACCCAGCCAACUGUGAGGUUCCUGGGGUGCCCAGUUCUCAGGAGUCUGUAUUGAGCACCCUGAGUUAGGAGGAGACUUGGGAGAGAGCAGUUAUGGGUAUUGGUGUUCUCUCUCUAGGAAUAGAAUUUUAAGGAUGGGAAAAGCAGGACAGGAAGCUGAAACACUGAAGAUGGGGUUGGGUCUCCUGUCUAUGCCCAGUCCAUGGGGAAAGGGAGGUAAGCUGCUUCAAAUAGGAGGGCCCAGUAGAUUCACAGUUGGCCUGGCUGGGAGGGAGGACAACACAAGUUUUUGUCUAUAGGGAUGCCCUUUACUCAGGGAAGCCGGACCUUCUGUUGAAUCAAGACCUCAUUCUAAUGCCUUCUCCCUCCAGAACCUACUCUUUGUUCCCCAGAUUGGGGGUGAGGGUCUGAGAGUUUUUGUACACGUCAAAGGCAGAUACAAAUAAAAUGCGAAUUGUCCUUUA